AUGCAGAAAAUGUCGUACACGUUCUCCUUUCCGGAGGAGGUGCUGGAGCACGUGUUCUCGUUCAUUGAGGGCGAGAGGGACCGGAACGCGAUCUCGCUCGUGUGCAAGUCGUGGUACGAGAUCGAGCGGUGGUGCAGGAGGAAGGUUUUCGUGGGAAACUGCUACGCGGUGAGCCCUGUCAUGGUGAUCAAGCGGUUUCCGGAGGUAAGAUCCAUUGCGCUCAAGGGGAAGCCGCACUUCGCGGACUUCAAUUUGGUCCCCGAGGGUUGGGGCGGUUACGUCUGUCCCUGGAUCGCUGCCAUGGCCUGCGCCUUCCCCUGGCUCGAAGAGAUCAGACUCAAGAGGAUGGUCAUCACCGACGACAGCUUAGAACUCAUCGCCAAGUCCUUCAAAAACUUCAAGGUGCUGGUUCUCACUUCCUGCGAGGGUUUCACCACCGACGGACUUGCCGCCAUUGCUGCCAACUGCAGGAAUUUGAAGGAGUUGGACUUGCAAGAGAGUGAAGUGGAUGACCUUAGUAGUGGGCACUGGUUAAGCCAUUUUCCUGAUUCCUACACGUCACUAGUUUCACUUAACAUCUCUUGCUUAGGCAAUGAGGUGAGUUUAUCUGCACUAGAGCGUUUGCUUGGGAGGUGUCCCAACCUUCAGACCUUGCGCCUCAACCGGGCUGUGCCCCUUGAUAGACUACCCAAUCUACUUUCCCGUUGUCCUCAGCUGGUUGAGUUAGGCACAGGAGUCUACUCAACCGAGAUGCGACCAGAGGUCUUCUCAAACCUGGAAGCAGCAUUUUCGGGGUGCAAGCAGUUGAAGAGCUUGUCUGGCUUUUGGGACGUACUUCCGUCCUACCUUCCAGCUGUCUACCCCAUCUGCUCCAGGCUAACAUCGUUAAAUUUGAGUUAUGCUAUUAUUCAAAGCUCUGAUCUUAUUAAGCUCAUCAGUCAAUGCCCAAAUUUGUUGCGGUUAUGGGUUCUGGAUUACAUAGAAGAUGCUGGUCUUUAUACCCUUGCUGCAUCUUGUAAGGAUCUAAGGGAGUUAAGGGUGUUUCCGUCUGACCCAUUUGGUUUAGAACCAAAUGUUGCAUUGACAGAGAAAGGGCUUGUCUCCGUGUCUGAAGGUUGUCCCAAGCUCCAAUCAGUUCUAUACUUCUGUCGUCAAAUGUCUAAUGCAGCCCUGCAUACAAUUGCGCGGAACAGGCCUAAUUUGACUCGUUUUCGGCUUUGUAUUAUUGAGCCUCGAACGCCUGACUAUCUUACGCUUGACCCACUGGAUUCUGGUUUUGGAGCUAUCGUGGAGCAUUGCAAGGAUCUGCAACGCCUAUCCCUAUCGGGUCUUCUUACUGAUCGAGUUUUCGAGUAUAUUGGUACUUACGGGAAGAAGCUGGAGAUGCUAUCUGUGGCUUUUGCUGGAGAUAGUGAUUUGGGACUCCAUCAUGUGCUAUCUGGUUGUGAUAACCUUAGGAAGCUGGAGAUCAGGGACUGCCCCUUUGGUGACAAGCCCCUUUUGGCCAAUGCUGCAAAGCUGGAGACAAUGCGAUCCCUUUGGAUGUCCACCUGCUCAGUGAGUUAUGGAGCAUGUAAACGACUGGGUCAAAAAAUGCCCAGACUCAACGUUGAAGUCAUUGAUGAAAGAGGGCCUCCAGAUUCAAGGCCAGAUAAUUGUCCUGUUGAGAAGCUAUAUAUUUACAGGACUAUUGCCGGGCCAAGGUUGGACAUGCCUGGUUUUGUGUGGACAAUGGAAGAUGAUUCUUCGUUAAGGAUCGAGUGA